CAGCAAUAGGCUGUGCGGACACCGUGGAGUGGAGUCGAGGAAGAAAAGCGGAGAGGUCACAUGGAGAGAUGCAGCCAGCAGGAGCUGCUCCGCCGCUAAUCACAGCCGUAGCCAGCUAGCCGCCACACGCUAACCGGGCUAGCCGCGCGUCUCGCUCCACAUUCGGCCACUCGGACCGUGUUUCAGGGGAAAAAAACCCACCAAGGGGAGUCGGUAUCACGGGCACUCGCAGCUCUCCGGGCCGCCUCCCGCACCCCUCCCCGGCUGGAUAUCCGUGCUACCCAGCGAUAGCUCACCGUGCCUCGGCUAGCGGCGGGCUAGCCAGCGAGCUAGCUGGCUGCUAACGUCGCUGACGGCGCUGAGCCGCGGUAACGUGCGUCAUGGAGGACCUGGUGGUGGAGGUGCGGGGCACCAGCGGGGCUUUUUACAAGGCCUUCGUGAAGGAUGUUCAGGAGGGAUCAGUCACUGUGGCGUUCGAAAACAACUGGCAGCCGGAGCGGCAGAUCCCCUUCCAGGAUGUGCGCUUUCCUCCUCCGACCGGCUUCUGCAAGGAGAUAAACGAGAGCGACGAAGUAGAGGUGUACUCCAGGGCCAACGACAAGGAGCCGUGUGGAUGGUGGCUGGCCAAGGUUCGCAUGGUGAAAGGAGAGUUUUACGUCAUAGAGUACGCUGCGUGUGACGCGACGUUAAACGAGAUCGUGACUCUGGAGCGGUUACGGCCGGUCAACCCAAACAAACCAGCCACUAAAACCACCUUCGUCAAGAUCAGACUGGACGUACCCGAAGACCUACGGCAGAUGAGCUCGAAGGAAUCUGCACACAAAGACUUCAAGAAGGCGGUGGGAGCGUUCAGCGUGACCUACGACUCCGAGAAGAAGCAGCUGGUCAUUCUGUCGGUGAACGAGGUGACCACGAAGCGAGCCACCAUGAUGAGCGACAUGCACUUCAGGAGCCUCCGAACCAAACUGUCCCUGAUGCAGAGGAACGAGGAGGCCAGCAGACAGCUGGAGAGCUCCAGACAGCUCGCCUCGCGGUUCCACGAGCAGUUCGCCGUCCGGGACGACCUGAUGGGUCUGGCCAUCGGCACGCACGGCGCCAACAUCCAGCAGGCGCGGAAAGUUCCCGGAGUCACCAACAUCGACCUGGACGAAGAGACGUGCACCUUCCACAUAUACGGAGAGGACCAGGACGCCGUCCGCAUCGCCCGGAGUUACCUGGAGUUCUCAGAAGACGUCAUCAAAGUUCCGAGGAACCUCGUCGGGAAAGUCAUCGGGAAGAACGGCAAGCUGAUCCAGGAGGUGGUGGACAAGUCCGGCGUGGUGCGGGUCCGGAUCGAGCCCGAGAACGACAAGAAGACCCCGCCCCCCGCGGCGUCGGCGGCCUCGGACGAGGGAAUGGUGCCGUUUGUGUUUGUGGGGACGAAGGAGAGCAUCUCCAACGCCACGGUGCUGCUGGACUACCACCUCAACUACCUCAAGGAGGUGGACCAGCUGCGUCUGGAGCGGCUGCAGAUUGACGAGCAGCUCCGGCAGAUCGGGGGCGGCGGCGGCGGCGGAGGGGGGGGCACCGGGCCCCGGAACCCCAAAGACAAAACCUACGUGUUCGACAACGGCACGGGGCUGGGCGUGGGCCGGGGCGCCGGCGGAGGGGGCAAGCCCUACGUGGGAGGGGGCGGGCGAGGGGGGCGGGGCCGGAGAGGGGGAGGGGCCGGGGCCGCCUUCACCUCAGGCACCAACUCGGAGGCGUCCAACGCCUCGGAGACGGAGUCGGACCACCGGGACGAGCUGAGCGACUGGUCGCUGGCCCCCACCGAGGAGCUGAUGAGCGGCGGAGGGACGCUCCCCCGGAGGACGGACGGCAGGAAGCGGGGCGGCGGCGGCGGGCUGAGGGGCCGGGGGGGCCGCGGCAGAGGCGGAUACAAGAGCGACGACAUGCAGUGGAGCGAGCCGAGACCCCGGCACCUCCGAGACCCCAAGACACGAGCGCCGGAGGACACGCUCCAGAUCCGUGUGGACGGAAACAACGAGCGCAGCGUGCAGCACUCCUCAGGCGGCCGGGGAGGAGGCGCAGCAGGAGGAGGAGGAGGAGGACCGGGGCCUUCCUCCGCCCAGCAGGGGGGCGGCGGCGGCGGCAGCGAGGGCCCCGCCCGCCACCACCACCAGAGACCCCUGAGAGACCGAGGCGUGAAGAAGGACAAACAGGACGCUCCCGCACUGGUCAACGGAGUGUCGUAGAUACACCACUGGAGGACACACACACACACACACACUCACUCACACACACACACACACACACGCACACACACACAGGCAACUCAUCACCGCAUCGUAGAGUCUCCGGCUUUUUCUUUCUGUCUUAAUGAAGCAAGAGGCGAAGCGUUUCCUGCUUCCUCUCUGAGUCCAGAGGAGGAGGAGGAGAUCCUCUGUUUACGCCCCCCUCCCCCCCUCCCCCCUCCCCCUCCUCACACUCACUCUGGACGCACAGCUCUAGCAGGACACGCCUCCUUCACCAACGCCGGGGGAUCUGUUCACAUCCGACUUUCAAAUGAAAUCACCGUCUUCUCAGCUUGAAGGUGUGUGAGGACGUUGACACGGAGCUCGUCUCAGCAGGAGUCCUGUGGCGGGGGCGGGGCUUCAUGGCGACUGGACAGCGAGUGGAGGAACAUAAAUCUGAGGCACCGCCGUCAGGCAGGCGAGAGCGACGGUCCGCAGAGGGCUUCACAGCCGUCCGUCUGUCCUCGUCUGACAGGCUUCAGUCAUGAGUUUAAAUGUUUCUUGCUCCAUAUCACUUUCUAGAUGAAGGAAAACCUUCAGAACACACACUCCACCCAAACGUUCGUCUCUCACUGGUUCCCAGAGCGGAGGGAAGUUUUCAGAAGGGGACUUCCUCACACUCCUGAAGUGGAACGCUCAGUGGCUCAUGCUGAUUCCCGAUCAGUGAGGAUUUCUUCAUCAAUAAUCGCUUCUAAUCGUGUGUGGAUGAUCUGAGAAACCUUUGCCUGAUGGAGUUGCGGCGGCGGUUUCCUCUUCAGUUGGACGAAGCAGGUCGAUGAAUGGAUGAACUCACUCACCGCUGCGUCGCGCAGGAUCAGUCGCUCAUGGUCUCGUCUCUUGUCGAGUUUGAAGUUUCUCCUCACUGAAUGUUUCUUUUCUUGAAUUUUUCCUUCAGUCGGCUCCAUCUCGUGUAGAGAAACUGGACCUGGAACUCCGGUCUCUGUCCUGGUUUUGUGACGGAGCUGAGACCCAAACGCUCGGCGUCGCUUCAGGACCAUAAGAAGGCGUUUUCUAUCUUUGUGCCUUGGAUUUAUGUCCCUCCAUUUCUGUGAAUCUGGAUUUAAAAACAAAAAAACAAACCCAGUCAUCCACCCUUCCGCGAGCUCUUCAAGCAAAGCGUCCUCCGCCGCCGUGCGUGGCGUCCGGGACUUCUUCCAGAGCGGAGACACGGAGGAUCGGGCAGGACCGGGAUCUCCAGGAGGCUCCUGGCGUCCUGCGGUGGUUCCCGGUGGAGUUGGGGAUGGACGCCAGAGGAAACCGUCAACCAGAAGAUUCUCCGGGUUUCUCUGAGCAUCCGGCGGCUGCUGGAGCUCCUCGCCACCUCAGAACCUGCACUCCGCCUCCCGUCCGGCGCCACACCCUCAGGUCGGUCUUCAGUUUUUGGGAGCUAGUUUGUAAUUUGACACCAGCUUCAUGCCUUUUCGGCUUCCGUUUCAUGCUAUGAGUUAAAACUAUGGUAUCAUCUGCAGAGAGUAGACUCCCUUUAACUCCAGAUUGGAUUCACCGGGUCGGAGCUUCAGCCGCCCGGCGCCGCUCGGCGCCGCUCGGCCUCCAGAGCCGAAGCACCCGGCGAGAAGGCGUGGAAUGCUCAGAGAAACCUCCCCAACGUUUAGAGAGACACGUGCCUUCCAGUGUGGUCAGCGUCACGACCCAGACCUGUAAACCAGGGCCGACCAGCCGCCAUGACGGCGGCGCGGCUCAUCUAUGAAAUGGAGUUGGCGGCCGAUGUGGCGCCUAAAAAGAAAAGAAAAAAAAAAAGUCGUCUGGAGCUGUAAAAACGGAGCGGCUCAGUAGAAAAGAGCUCCGGCGGUGGAGCCGGCCGGGUCUCCAGUGGACCUUCCUGACCUGACAGUGCAUGACAUGUUUUACUUUGGGUUUCGCCGUAGAUUUUUGGGCACUUUAAAUUAUAACAUGUGCUUAAGUUGUGUUAUUUUAAGUAUACGAAUAUAUAUAAAUGGAUAUAUAUCAGUGUUACUUUGUCUCACUUCCUCUCACCGACACCAGAAACUUUAAUUUCACAGGAAACGGUUUUCAUAACAGGAGCAACACACCAGGAAACUUCAUUUUUUCUUCUUAAAGUAGAAGUUCAUGCUUUUCUUACUGGUACCAUGGUGUCGGUUUGUCGCUUCCUGUCAGGAGCUUUGCUUUCACGGACUGCAGUGCGUCGACACGUGAAAGCAAACCUGUCCAAAAUAAGGAGUUGCCCUGUAUAGUUUAAAAAAAGAAGAAAUUCGAUGGAAAAAAUAAGGGAGGGUGACAUACUGUAUAUACUGAUGUCAUUAUUUGUCUGAGAAACACAAAAAAAAAACCGGUUUGUACUAUUGUUUCGAAUGUGCACUUACCCUGAUAUCUCCUAAUCUUUGUUCCUUUGCUGGUUCUUAUCGGUUGGAUGCGAGAGCUCUGGAUAAUAAACGUACUGUGUGGAAACAUGGACGCAGCUUUCAUUACGACUCGGGAAAGCAGAAAUCAAACCGCCGGAUGUUACCAGAAAACGCACAAAGCCUCGGAGUGGUCGUUCUACCCAAACACUCGAUUCAGCCUCAGAGGUCACCAAGAACCUGCAAAUUUUAAAAAAAGUGAAUUAGACGUUUUAAGAUGGUUUUUUGUGUUUUAAGUUUGGAUGUGUUAAAGCUGAAACCUCUUAAAGUCGUCUUUGGACCGGCUUGAAUUUGACGUGAACAUCGGUUUCAGGCUCCUGCCGUUGCUAACGCUAACAGUUAGCGGGUCUUAGCAUCGAAGCCGUCCUGAGCGAGUUGGAACUGCAGCUCGUCAGUUACUCUACAUUUACUCAACGUUCAGCUCGACUGUCUGCAUGAAGGCUUCGCGCUAAGCUAAGCUAAGCUAGGCUAGGCUAACCUUCCCUCGAUUACCCUUUUUGUUUUCCUCUCCAGAGUUUUUUUCAGUGGUGAAUUUUCCCUUUUGAGUCCAGACUUUUGCAUAUCGGUUCCUGAACUUGUCGACUUUUUAAAUGUACAGAGACCCGAGUACGGACUAACCCAGCUUCUUUCCCUCCGUCAGCGAGGCGUUGAGCAGUCGGCCUUGUCACCUAGAUUCCCCUAACCUCUUUUUACUUCUGCUGUAAAAUAAUCUCACAAGGUAAAACCCGUCGAGGUGUCGGUAGCGAGAGUCGUCGAUUCCCCCCCCCGGGACUGGCGGGAAGAUAAAUUAAAAAAAAAAAAAAAAAAAAGAAGAAGAUAAAUCUUUGUACAUGUUUGAAGAGGCUGGAAGGUGUUUUCCAGACUCUACCUUCACAGAGACCUUGAAAUACUUUGUAACUGUGGCUGUGCUUCAACCUGCUUGUUGGUGUAUUAUAUUGUGCAUCCUAACACCGGGUACAGAGUAGCUGUUUCCUCCUGCCGGCGGCCCGGUCCGUCUUCAGUAGGCUCUAGGAUGGACGUCGCUAGUGAGGCGGUAACGUGAAGCCAAGGCUUGUACCAUAGUGGAUAAUGUACAUUUAAAAAAACAGUGCGAUAGCGAAGAGGGUUGCUGCAUGCUGAGCGGAUGGAGUCUUUGAAGAAAAUGGCGCCGAGGAAGCGUUUUACUCGCGAGUCUCUUAUAACUUACUGGUCGUGACAUUUUUACCCAGCUCUGCUGUUUUUCUGGCGACCUGCCUGGGGAUGCGUGGGAAUGUUCCCGGUCUCCUGCAGACGAUCAGAACGUUCGUGAACCAUUUGGCGUCCCAAAACAAAGCUCCAGACCGAUGAGGGGAUUUCUGGAGGAGCCUCUCGAUAUCCAGAACCAAACGUGACGAAAGAACAAGUCCUCAAGCAGAAACACUCCAGAGAACUCUAGAGGUGAGACGGACUGUCGAUUCAGUUUUCUGUCCGUCUGCGCCUUUGCUCGCUCGAACAUUGGAACAGAAGUAGAACGGCGACGAGAAGCUAACGGCUUUGAGCAGUAGAAACUCUGGAUGAGGCCGUUUCUGAUCGGACCGCCGACGUUUAGAAGGGGAACGUUUCGGGGUCGACGUCCCUCAAGAAGUGUGACGCGCCGACCCGAUCGUGUCUGCAAACCUCGGUUUUUGACUCGCUACACCCUGAAGAGACGCUCCGUAAACACCGUGAAACACUGUAUAUGUCAAACGCACGCGGAACCCCGGUGAAUUCACGCCCCACGCCGCCGCCGCCGGGCGUCACGCCGGGGUCGCGGGGCGGUUUGCCGAGGGGAAACCGCCGCCGGCGUCGGCAGACGUUCAUUUGCAGAAUGUAAAUAACUUCAACGAAUACUAACUAGACACACGGCGGGCGGUUCUACAAUAGAGUGCCAGAGAGAGAAGACGCAGAGAAUCUGUAGAUACUUAAACCAGGGUAGUCAAAA